GCCUACCAUACCAAAAGUACCGAGUGAAGAAAUUUAUACACUCACUCCUCUUCACUGAGUGGCUUGUUCGUUCUGUGGAAGUGUCUUUUUUGGAUGGAGGCGUUCCGUGUAUUUUUUGUUCUGUCUCUUCUUAUCUUUGUCUUUCUGUGUAAUGGAGGAACAUCCAGCAGAAGAACUGGGAGAACCGAGGAUGGAUUGGAGGAGUGGGGUUAUGUCGAAGUUAGACCCAAAGCGCAUUUGUUUUGGUGGUUCUAUAGAAGUCCUUACAGAGUUGAAGAACCCACCAAACCCUGGCCAAUCGUUCUCUGGUUGCAGGGUGGACCUGGCACGUCAGGUAUUGGUUGUGGGGAUUUUCAGGAAAUUGGGCCUCUGGAUGACAACUUAAAGCCAAGGAAUUCAACUUGGUUGCAAAAAGCUGAUCUCUUGUUUGUUGAUAAUCCAGUUGGAACUGGAUUCAGUUACGUGGAGGACACAAAGCUGCUUGUGAAAACUGAGGAAGAGGCAGCAAUUGAUAUGACUAAAUUGUUGGAGGAGAUAUUCAACAGAAAUGAGAGCCUGCAAAAGAGUCCUUUGUACGUUGUAGCAGAGUCUUACGGAGGAAAGUUUGCAGUCACCCUUGGAUUAGCGGCCCUGAAAGCCAUUGAAGCUGGCAAGUUAAAGCUUAAUCUUGGAGGAGUGGCAUUGGGCGAUAGUUGGAUUUCCCCUGCAGAUUUUGUGCUAUCUUGGGGUCCCCUUCUCGAAGAUGUUUCGCGGCUUGACGAGAAUGGUUUAAAGAAAUCGAAUAGCCUAGCUCAGCAAAUUAAUCAGCAAAUCAGCGAAGGUCGUUAUCUUGAUGCAAAGAAUUCUUGGAAUGAACUUACUGGGGUGAUUAGAUCUAGCAGCGACUAUGUGGAUUUUUACAAUUUUCUUCUGGAUUCCUCAAUGGACCUGUUGUUUCCAAUAGAACGAGGAUUAUCUACAGGAAUUGCAAUGAAUAAAUACUCUAGAUACCUGAGUUCCAUAGGCCCCGAAGAUAUAGUUAUCGUGAUGAAUGGUGAAAUUAGGAAGAAGCUUAAGAUAAUCCCCGCUAAUGUUAUAUGGGUAAGGAAGGCUGUUGAUGUUGACUCGAUGUUGGCUGGAGAUUUUAUGAGACCAAGGAUUAAUGAGGUUGAUGAGCUCCUAAAGAAGGGGGUCAAUGUGACUGUGUACAGUGGCCAACUUGACCUUCUUUGUUCAACAAGGGGGACUGAAGCUUGGAUUAAGAAACUCAAGUGGGAAGGGCUUCAAAGCUUUUUGAGUAUGGACAGGACUCCACUGUUUUGUGGGGAAGAGAAGAUUACGAAAGGAUUCACCAAGUCUUAUAAAAAUCUACAUUUUUAUUGGAUUCUUGGAGCAGGCCACUUUGUGCCAUCGGAUCAACCCUGCAUUGCAUUAGCCAUGGCGGUUGCAAUCACACAGUCUCCUGCUGGGUGAUUGGGUGAAGAUCCUGUGGAUUUCGGAAGCGAUAAUAAUGACUUGAUUAAGAUCAAAAUACACUAAAUCAUUCUGCAUUACCAAUUUUUCAUUGUCAGCCAAGCUUUAAUAUUUUCUAUUGCAUAAUAAAGUACUCAAAUCCAACAA